CCUCUGCAGUGACACUCGAGUUGCAACAGGAGCAGGGCACUUGAGCACUGUCUUGGGAAGCAUCAUGGAAGGCAGAGUUUGUGGGGUGAUGGGAGAGAAGGAGGGGGAGAGUGAUGUGUGUUGUGCAGAAGGAGCAGGAAGUUUGGGCCGCAGGACAUUCCGCCUGCGCCGCUACCCCGCAAUCGUUGGGCGUGUCCACAGGGUUCCGGACCUGGCAACGCGUACGCUGAGCUCCCUGACACUUGGAGAGCUCACCUGGGUGGUGUCAGGUUCCUGCUGCAACUCUGCAGCAGGCUGUGCUCCAACAGGGAUCACCAGCAGCUGAAAAGACAUCUGGACAUCUACAUUUUCCACUGCUAGGAAGAAGCAAUGAAGCAAGUCGAGCAGUUGUGGUUUUUUUGUCUCCUGCUGGAUUUUUUAAUUUCAUUUGACCCUACAGAGGCAAUGUCUGUGACAGCCUCUGUAAGUUUGUUCUAUUUCAACAGCACCAGCAACAGGACUGUGUUUGAGCGCUGCGAAUGUGGCCUGUAUGGCUUCAAUUCUCCUCGACUCAGUGCCCAGGGGCUUGUGGGCAUUCCAAAAUCUGAGAAUCAUCAAGCCUGUGACAAAAAUACUGAGUUCACUGUCACGAGCGAGCCGUGGAUAGCACUGAUCGAAAGAGGCGAUUGCAAUUUUACUGAAAAAAUUCAGAUGGCAACCAGAAAGGGCGCAACAGCAGCAGUGAUCUACAAUUCACAGGGCAAAGGCAACCACCCCCUCGUGAUGUUGCAUCCUGAUGGCUUAAAAACUUGGGAUACUUCAGUGCACACCUAGUUUUCCUACUCUGGAGCAAGUCAUCUGACCAAGCCCCUUCCAUGAAAACACCAGGGCUAAACAUCCCUUUGGAGGCAUUUGAGGCUGAGCAGAUUGGCUGGUGUUGAUUGCAUAAAGCUUGGUUAUAUUUUC